AUGAUCCAGUUAGAACCAAAGAAAAAUAAAAAUGUGUAUUUGGCGUCAUUUGUGGGUGGUGGAGUGGCGGGGUUAGUUGUCGAUACGGUUCUUUUUCCAUUGGACACCUUAAAAACCAGAUUACAAGCUGAACAAGGUUUUAAAAAGGCUGGUGGAUUUAAAGGAAUUUAUAAGGGUAUUGGCCCUCAGGUUAUUGGAAGUGCCCCACAAGGUGGUGUCUCCGCAGCCGUCACAACUCCUCUAGAUGUAGUUAAAACUAGAAUAAUGUUGGCAGAUAGAAAGAAGGUUAGAACUGGUGAAAUGACUGUUAGGAAUACAUUAAGGCAAAUCUAUCACACUGAAGGUUUUCGAGGUUUAUUUGCUGGAUUUGCUCCGAGGGUAAUGUGGAUUACAUUGGGAGGUUAUAUAUUUUUUGGAAGUUAUGAUUACGCUAAAAAUAUGUGUUUUCGAUUGAUGGAAGAAGAUGAUAGCUGA